AUGGGCCGCCGCCGCUGCUGGUCCCCUGCCGCAGAGAGGGACUGUGGCGGCGCUUUCGGCCAACGCAGGUGGCGGUGGCGGAGCAGCCGUUGCGAUUUCCCCGGCGGUGGCGCGUCGUCGAGCGGCAACAACGCGCAUGUGCGUGACGAAUCGUGGGCGAUCUGACAGUUGCGAGGGACGGCGCCGACCUAGUGGGCCCCGGCUGGCCGCUCGCCUCGCCCCGAUCACGUGGUCUUUUCUCCCGUAUGACGACAAACGGGAGCAGAAAAAAAUUCCCGCCAAUUGCAUGCCUUAAUCAUCGUGCUGACCAGUCAACAUUCUACAAGUUAUAAGAAUUUACCUUCCUAGACGUAGUUAAUCACAGUACGCCACGGUCGUGCUCGGCGACGCUUGGGCGGUGGCCCAGCCGCCGGUUCUAUUCGGGCCCAGCCGCCGGUUCUAUUCGGGCCCAGCCCAGUAAGAAAUUCAUGCUCCUCGGUACUUUUCUUUUUUGACAAUUUAGCAGCAGAACAAGGGUGAAAUGGGAAAUACACAUUUAUCGAGGCCGAGGCAGCGGUAGUGCCUGUGUGACGCGGAGGCCAUAGGGUGUCCGCCGCCCACGUGGCAAAAGGUGGAAGAACGCCAUGCGCGUGCGAAUCUGGCGAGGGCGACGCGUCAUUUAUCGAGUGCGGAACGCGGGAGCACUUUUCCCGCCAUCACGUGCCCCGCGCAACGGUAAAGCUGUUGGGCGUGCGGCGUUCCCCAUAAGAAUGGACCUAAUUACCCCUGUAUAUGGACAUUUUCCCCUUCCGGAUGAUGUCGCCGGACGUUUAUGUCCUACCGCUGUCCGUUGGCUGGCUUGAAGCUCACUUGACCGGCCUCAUGGAAUUCCUCGGCCCUGAUUCUCCCUCGGUAAGCUCUCUGCUCCGUCCUCUAUCAGACUUCUUCUCGCGUUUUCGUAUCAACGUGGGCCUUUUCUUCCUUUUGAUGCAUCACUUUCUCCGUGCGUCUAUCAUUCUGAAUUUUCCGCUCCGUAUGCACGUAAAACUAAGAAUCAGGAGUUUGUCUUUACAUUUUUCACGUAUUCAUCUGUUCUACGUCGACGAAACAUACAUGAUCCUCAAGUCGGUGGCCUUUUUUUCUUCAUAUCAUUUUCCGCCACCCCCCGUUGUAGAUUUUUUUCCGAAACUGGCAGGCUCUCUUCUGGAAGGAGAGAGGUCGGUUCCACUAGGUGAGAAGGUUUUAUAGUUUUUCAUGAGCUCAGAACUUUUGUUCUCGGUUUGAAGUGUUCAAAUUUUCAGGUCUUCGCCGGAAGUAGACUAUCGCCUGCUUCAAGGACGUAUAUCCUUCUCUCUGUUUAUUAAGGAACGUGUUCACCUCGACUUAUUUAUUUUCCUUUUAAACGUGAAAUCGAUCGCGUAGCUUCAGAACUAACGAUCCUCUUCCCUUCCUUAACGUUGUUUCACAGUGUUAGGCUUCAGGGCAAAUUUAGUGACCAUAGUAACGGGUACCGCGCUUUGUUUGACGAGGAGAAGAAGUCCAUGUAUGUUGCAUGUAUUGUUUUCUUGAUGAAGUUCUUGUAUCUAAUCACGCACGAAAACUACGAGAAAGUUAUCGAAAUAAGUAUCCUUGGGUUUGAGAACACAUCAUGUCAGCUCGACAAAUACCGUGCCAUUGCACCAGGAUCGUGAAAAUGAUUUGGUUUUCUUUUCAGAUCCCUGCAACUUUCUCAUCUUGCAUGAAUAGUUGCAAUGCAUUGUGAACCUAACCCUAACUAAACACAUGUUAUAUUUAGCUAUGUUGGGAUGCUUUACUAAAGAAGGAAAAAGAAAAGGAAGAGAAUAGCAUUAGCUUUGCUAAAUUAAUACUGGUUUCCAUAGGAGGUGUCCGCAUCAGCAGUCUCGAUGAUAAAAUUUAUUAACACUAGAAAGCCACCAAGGGAUUCACUUUCUGAAAGAGAGUGGGGCAUGUCAGUUAGCCCAAAUAUUUAGCAAUAAUGUUCACCUAUAUUUUUCUAUUUUGAACUAUUCAGUUAAAUAUUUAUUUUUGAAAUUGUUUAUCGGGUUUGUCUCACAAGGCGGAACAAAGUCUUCGAGUUUGAUCUAAUUUCUUAGCCUCCGUGAUCACAAAUUAUUUUUCCUGCCUAUCUCCAAGUGCUGCUUGGAUAUUCAUGAUGUUUCAAUCGUAAGUUUAUCGAUACCUUUUUAACUACCCGGGUUACCAUGUUCGUUGAUUCAUUUAUGCAGAUUACAAGGGCUCAUUUCCUGGAGGAAGCAUUGUAUUUUGGGCCAAUAUUUGGAGCUUGCCUUUCUUUUUAUGAAAUUGCUUUGCUUUUUGAGAAAACCCGCGGGGGGUUAUUCCCGAAUACCACGAGCGGUUAUUCCAGUAUUCCCAGUUUGUCUCGUGGGUAUGCUUUCGUAAGCAAGUCUAUGCGACCGAAUGAGCACUUUCAGCUUAAAAAACGUGUUUCAAUGCUUUCAGAAUGUCAUUAAAUGUUACCGGGAUUUAUUUUUUUCAUAUGAUAGUUAUCAUACCUCGGAAGUGUGAAUACUGGUCGCUUUAUGUAAUGGUAUCUUUUGCGUUUGGUGGACUGCGAAAUUUUUUCAGCAGAUACCUCAUAUAUAUACUGUCUUUCCCAGUUUAAAGGUACUUAAAUGCUUAUCGGCCUCAUGAAAUUCAAUAAUCUGUUUUUUUUCUAUAAUUUAGCCGUCUUCAGUGGAAUAACCUUUCACUCUUUGCUUAAGUUUUCACUUGAAGCCAAAAUGUGAUUCUGUUCGUCUGGGUUAUCUUGAUCACUCGCGUAGGUAUCAAUGGUUCACCCUCUAUUGAAAAAGUGCAAGACCGUCCUAGUAAUGGAAUUUUUUGAGAUCAUGACGCCAUCCUUUGAGGUUUAAAGUUGUGUUAGAUGAGUUAUAUCAAAUUUUUAUACCACUCCUAUAAGCGGAUGACCGGACAAAUAGCUGUGAAAUAAAACAUAGGGUGUAACGUCAAAAACUGGUAAUGGAAUGAACUCCAUAACGAAGUUGUGGCUUAUUGUUGCUGGCGACAUAAAUGUCUCACGUGUUUUCGUCUCUUCUAUCUUCCUCAACUAAUGAAUAUUUCUUUAGUUUUUGCUAUAUUUUUAUCUCAAUUUGAUGAAUCUGGGAUAUCAUUACUAUCCUUGUAUUUCUUAACACUGGAUGCCGGUUGUGAUCAUUUCAGUCUCUAAUCAUGUUAGUGCAUUAAGAACAGGUUACUUUUUGAUAUAUAUUAAAGACAAAAUGACCCUCAUUUUACUCUAGUAUAAAUUUAUGAAAGUCACGAAAGUCUUUGCUUCUUUGCAUCCUUGCAUUAAUAUUGAAUAAAUAAUGUACGAUAAGACUCUAUUUUGCAGGCAACAGGGUAUAUUGAAGAUGUUUCUUCAUUUUUAAAUGAAGCGACACUUGGAAUCUUUGUUUACAUAAUCAGAACAAUGCCUGCUCGUGAUGAAGAAAGGCAUACUUUCCAAUUUAUUUAUUUUAUUAUGUUUCACUUUUCUGAUUAUUUAAUAUCUAAAUUAUUGCGUGCGUGUUAUACAUCUUUUCAGCUUCUAUGUUCCCAAACAGGAAAGGGGUAUCCAUUUAUUUUUAAUUUUUUUAUUCUCAGUGACUUACAAGGUUUUCACUUUUAUGAUUUAAGAACAGUAUAAACACGAGUGGGUGAGUAUCAAAGAAUGGAUUACUCUCAUCUAAGAUUCUGUUAUGCUUUGUCAGAAAAACCUCUGAAAUCCUUAGUCUUUCACUGAUUACUCUGUCACAGGGAGAUAAAAAAAAAUUGACCCCUUUUUCUCCACGAUUAACAAUUAAAAUGCUUUCUAUUUUCUCUUUGGGAUAAGGUAUCUUAUUACGAUGAUUACCUGCAAAGGAAAACUGAAAUUUACGUUUUUUCUAUUCCUUUUUAUAUCCCCACUGAGACUACACUUUUUUAUCAUCUAAAUCCAGUUUUCCAUCGAAUCACUAACUAAAAAAGUCAUAUAAUCUUAUGAACGGACAGAUUUUUUUGUUCAUGUUAGCAUUAUGAGUGUUGAGCACACAAUUUUUUUUCCCCAAUACUAAUUUUAAUGUCGUAAUCAUGCUAAUCACUUCGUAACCUUUUAUCAAAUUAGCCUUUCGUUGAAUACUACGAUAAAAUCAUUCCUUCAUCUCUAACAUAUCCGUAAAAAGUCUAUAGUCAUGUUAAGGCAGACAAAGUGUUGCUUACUUUUUGAGUCAUCUUUGGACAGAAGCUUAGUUUUUCGAUACUCUUUCUAAAAUUCGUGUUGCAUUUUCUACAGAAAAUUUGACUGUCUCGAGGAGGCGCUUCUCUCAGAUGAUAUAAAAAAUAAAGAUGAUGAUGUUGAAACCAAGGUAUUCUUUUAUUUAACUCAUCUUCUCUAGAGUAUUACUUUAUUUAUAAUUUUAAGGAUUUGAAAAUAGAAUAAUCUGUCUUCGUAAGUUCAAUCAAAAUUAUAUUCCUUUGAUGAUAUCUUGGAUGGGAAUAUGUUUCAUGUAUUCCAGUUUCUUUAUUUUAUCUUUUAUUUUUCAAUCAUUUCGCCAUAAAGUUGCUUUAUAUUUUCUUCACUGAAACUACAUUUCAGCAUGAACCCGAAGCAACACAAUGAAAUAUAAUUAGCUAAUUUAGUGCACCAUGAUUACAUUUCCUUUUAAUUGACCAUUCAGUUUCCAGUAUUUUACAGGGUAAAAAUAUUAUAAAAAGACAACAGAAUCACAAAAAUACAUUUUGCGUUGUCAACUGGCUGAAAUAGCCGCUUGGAGUCGACAUAUUAACUAAAACUUGACUCGGAUCUAGAACUUAUCUCUUCGUUUAAAUAUUUGACUUUAGAUGGGCUGUCUGAACUCGGUUUAGUCGAAGAGAAGAUAGCGAAUGAUGGAAGUAUCUGAUCCCCUUAUCACCCAUAGGCCCCGCUAUAUUUUUCUGACCCGUUUGACAUGAGCACAUCUGUAUCAUUUGGGCGGUUCUUAAAGAAAUAGACGUCUAGACUAGACUUCUGGAGUUAAUCGUUUCAAAAGGUGCUGUAAUAUUUGAAGUUUCAUCUACAGACUCGUCUGAGUUGGAACCAACUCAAUCUGAGGCACCACCUAAUCAGCAUAAUAUGGCGUUGUUGGAAUGAUACUUGAAACUAUUUAAAAUUCCUUGUAUCUCAGUAAUGGGACAUGCAUAUCGCGCAUCCUACACAAAAACAGACGCACAUAAGCACUAGCUUUUUACGAGGUACCAUUCAUUUAUGUGACGUGUAUCGCGUAUGUAACAACGGAGAUAUGAGAAUGCGCGGAAAUUGUUUCACAAGGACAAGAUGGAACACUUAGAGUAUUCAUGUUGAUUCUGACUUCUUUGAUCGACCUUGUUAUGAGUUCAUGUAAAAACAUAUGAAACGUAGAUUAUUUAAUUUAAAUCAUUCAUAAAUAUUAUGGUUUUCAUGAUAAUUAUUUGGGAUUUUUCUUAAUUCAGAAAUGGAGCUUUCAAGUUUAUUGGAACUCGCUCACUUUCUCGAGAGUAAAGUUAAUGCUGGAUCUUGGUGUUCAAAGGCAACUUGACUUUCAGGAUCUAGUUCAGCUGCCUAGAGAACUUACGGCAUCUUCUUGCCACUUUAAAUUUUUAACGUGCUGGGUAAAAGAGAAAAGCAACCAUGCUUCUUCUCCAUCAUUAUUUAGAGCCAUGUUUUCUGCGUAUGGUUGGCCAUAUUUAUGCCUAGGGGCAUUAAAGGUGCUUUUCUAAUAUCUCUUUUUUUGGACAUUUAAUUUUAUUAUCUAGGAAUUUACCUUAUUAUGCUCCCGUUUCUGUUGGCUUAUUUCACGUUAGCCUAGUAAUAACUUAGAUUAUGUCACAUUCAAAAACUCAUUGAUAUCUUUUCUUGGCUAUGACGCUUUUUAUUUCACGUCUGAGAACCCUACAUUUUUGGAUGAGUAAAUUAAAUAUCAUCAUCUUAUUUCAUUCUCAUUGAUAGAUAUUAUUUUUUCACAAUUAUAAAUCUCGUUUUAAUUAUAUUUCAGUUAGAAAUAAACUACGUGAUGUAUAUGAGUAUUGCAUCAAGAUUGAAUUCUGCAAGUUCUGUCGUUCUGAUCCUUUGGCAUGGAACGUUGGUAUAAAAAAUAACUUCUAUUUUACAAUGAACCGGAGAUUUGCUUCCUCGUGACAGUGAGGCAAUUAAAUUUAAAUGAUGUUUUUUAUUUAUAUUUGAAUUUACUAUUAGGAUCAAAACCCUCAUACAACCUGCAUGAGACGAUGAAGGAGAGAUAAGAUCGAAGUAAAACAGAGAAGAGAGACAAAGACACAAAAGAACACAGAUUUGUGUAUCGUCGUCUAAUUCUAUCUCCAUGGGUAGAUUUAUUCAACUAUCGAGUUACCAAUCAGGAGAUAGGAUGUGGUAAAAUUAGAUACAAAGAGGCUAGGGAUGCGGUUCGGGUAAAGAGUUACCAAUACAUCCAUUACUUAAUGCAAAAAUCAGAUGGCUAAUGUUGCAGAGUAAAUUUUGAUGUUUUAGGAUGGUGUUAUUAGAUGUGUAAAUGGAGGUAUUGAUUAAAUGCAAAUCCUCUGGAAGAGAACUUAAGAUAUGUUGGGUGAAACUAAGAGUGAAAGUGGAGAAGUAAUUCAGGGAUAAAUUUAUGGAAGGAAGAAACUGAAGUUUGAAAACAAUCCGAUAGAGUUGUGUUAAGGACAAUUGCAUUAGAAAGCAUGGUCUUAGGAAUGACUGAAAGGUAAUACAUGAAUGAAUUUUUUUUCCCUGAAUAGAAUUUUGGAUCAAUUAAUGUCAUUAAUAAAGCUAGAACUGACGAUAAGAAAGGAUUUGAAGAAGCUGAAAGGCUCGUGCAUAAGUUAUGAACAAGAGAAGGGGGAUAAAAAAAUCAUAAUUUUUUUUUUUUAUAAGAGAAGCAGCCAUUUCAGAUGUGUUGAAUUUAUAAAAUUGAAAUAUGAGAAGCGGCUGCGAAUGGUAGUACACUGGAAAGUAUACUUAUUUUAUAGUGGAAAGUAUCGACCAUACUGACCAUGAAAUUUAUGGACUUUCACUUCUACAACUUGCCCAUCUGACUUUCGCUUAAUAAAAUUAUUCCUUUUCCUGUGAAUCUUUCAACUUUAAGCAUUUUAUCCCCUUCUAUUCCUUUGAGCACUCUAGGAAAUCCAUGAUGGGGACUACCCAGAUUUUGUUUCCUAGGAAGUGGUUAGAUUAGAUUAAUAUUAGCCGUUCUCAUCUAGUUUCAUCUUAAACAAGAUGAUAAGGGAUAUAAAUAAGCUAUAUAUUUUUUUAUAAUUUAGAUUGGGAGGUAAAUCCAAGGUUCAACAAACUGGAACCGUUCAGAUAGAUGGACCUCUCUGAAAAAGUGGCUGAUUGCUGUAAAGCUAUUUUUGGAGGUUUCACUGGGAAAAAACUAAGGUGAAAACAUGGUUUGAGUAGAUUAUCUGGAAGAAAUGGAAGAAGGCAAGAAAGGAAAAACAUAGAUAAAUAUGAUAAGGUCGGAAAACAAAGUGUUCAGCAGAGCGUUCUAGGUGAUCACUGGCUGGAUGCAGAAAUAGCUUACUGUUGCAGUGAUAGGCGCAGGUGGUGGCCAAUCUGUCACUCGGGUCCCCAAAUUUUUGUCAUCUUCCUCCUCCAAAUAGAUUAAAUUUUUCAACAAUUACCAUCAAUCCCUUUCAAAAACAAAGUUUUCAUAAGUCUCAAUAGAAGUACAAAUAUAUAUUUACAAUGACAACAUUGUUCAAAGUCCGAAAAUGUACUCUUUUUUUUUUUCAAAAGUUACCACUAUUGGAUCGUAACUAGAUGUUCUCAUAUAGUUUUCAUUUUAUGAUUUGAGUUCUUAUAACCUUUCUGGAUCAAUGUUGGUUCAAUCAGCAGAUUAAAUAUUGAAUGAACAUCUCGAAAUCGAGCGGGCAGCAAGAAAAAAAGUAAACCUAUCCAACAUCUGCUCUAUGUAGUGGUCGGCGGCUGUGAUUCCCACUCCCUUUCCCUGUCUCAUGACCAUACUGCUUCUCAUUUUCCAUUUUAUAAUAAAGUGGAAUCUUAUCCUAUUCACUAGAUACUCAUAAAUAAUCUGACUGUGACGCGAAUUUUUAAAAAUUAUUCAAAUUUUAUUUCAGAUAAUUGAUUGACUUCUACAUUUAGCGUUAAAACGACCAAUCUUUUGUUUGGGCUGAAAUAAUGCAUUCUAAUAAAAAUUUUAUUGCUUUAUCAGGUUACCGUAGAAAAUAAAUUAUAUAUUUGACAAUUAUUGUAAUCUCUUCUUCAGAUAGUUAAUGACGUCAUGGGUUUUGCCGGACCUUUACUCCUCAAUCGACUGAUCUGGUUUCUUCAACGAGGUCUAUCCCACACUAUUUCGAAUUCUUAAAAUUUUCAUUUGCUUCAUAACGAUUGAUUCUGAUUAUGUUAUAUUUCGUCAUAUAUACACUAUUUUGGUACUCAAUUUUGUUUCCAUAUCUAAAAGCUUAGUAUUGUGCUUGUGUCUAUAUGUCUGUCUUGACGUAAAUUCUUCUGAUAUUUGUCUUGUCAUUGAUGUUAUAAGUAGAAUCUCUGUUUUGUAGUCAUCUAUUCACCAGUAUUUUCAAAUCGAUCAAUAGCAAUAUAUUACCGUGAUUUCUAGGUUAAGAAUUUUUGCUUCAGGUCAUAUGACUGCCCUCCCCACCCCUUCCCCCUACUGAGAGGUACAUAAUGUCAAUUAAGUAAAUCAAGGAAUAAGAGACCAUUUAAUUAGCUGUCUGGGAAGUUAGUUUCCCUGAUCCACUUCUAGGCAUUUCUAAAUUUAUAUUAUUUAUAUGGGAUCUCCUGAAAACAGCUUGAGAAAGAUUCCAAUGGACAUUAGUGCCUCUUGCAAUUUCUCAAAAGAAUCGUUUUUCCAUUCCAUUUGAUUACGCAAAACUUCCAUUUUUAGUCUAUGUAAAGAAUCGCUCAUACUGAAAAAAAAUCAACCAUGUCCAUUGAAAUUUAUGUCCCUAUUCAUGAUAUAUCAGAGAGGAGGUUUAAAUGAAGAUUGUAGUCGUUGGUCGGAAGAUAUGUAUAAGAAUAAAAUAAAUUGGAAAUUAGAAAAAUGAAUGGUGAGUUGUGAUUCUAGUCGUGGUUCAAUCAUAUUCCAUACGUCCACCCUACUAGUGCAAAAACCGAUGAGUUCCAUCAGUCUUCAAUAUUUAUGUCUUGUGACAUUACUGCCCAUUUAAUGGCGAAAGAUCAAAUGAUAAAACAAUCGUCUGAUAUUGGAAUGUUCCAUGUUAACGCACAUGUACAUAAGAUACUACAAAUUUAAUAUAAAUUUCCGCCAUGAACGAAGGAAAAUUAUCUAAUUUUGAUAGUCACGGUCUAAAUUAUUUGAUAUUAGGACUAAGUUUCGAAUGGGAGCGUAGAAUAAUGUAUCUCCAUUAGAAUGCAUUUUUUAAUUAAACCAAAAUUCAAGCGAGAAAACUCUGAAGCAACUUUUCUACAUUGCGAGAAAAUAACUCUGUAUAAUUCGGAAAAACAUUUUUGAAUAAAAAAAUUUGUUAUUAUUUCUGCUUCCUGCAGGUUCUGGUCAUCGUGAUGGAUAUAUUCUGGCUGUUUUAUUAGGCCUUACUUCUACUAUCAGGUAAUUACAUUCCCUCUUUGACGUGUUGGAUCUAGGUUAUAUAUUAAGACUCUAUAAUAACGUCAGUCUCAACAAAAACAGAGGCAUAUGAUACGAGAUAAGUAUUUCGAUAAAAUUAUAUUGUCAAUCGAUCCCGUCAUUUCUACCUGCUUCGUUUCUAUUGAAAACGUUCCACUGUGACAAUUUAAAUUAUUAAGUUGCCUUCUUCUUGUCUAUUUCGUGUUUUUUACAGUUAUCGCAAGGGCUCCUUGUGCUCUGCAUGAUUUCUAAUUAUAGAAAGACCUGAGACUUGUGUGAAAACUUAUCCAGGUCAUAGAGCGUACCUAUCCAUUCUGAUAUUUUAAGAAAAAUAUUAGCACUCCACAAGUGAGGAUCAAAUAAAUAUGAUGAAAAUUAUUUUGAUAUUCACAUAAUUUAAUUCUAUGAAUUAUUAGCCAAGCUUUUUUUUAAUUAUCCUAAGUAUAUAAAUUCUAUAGGUAGCGAGGAAAAAAGGUACUAGGUAUUUCUAUUUUCUCUCUCCUAAAAACCAUUAUUUCUGGAAAACUGUUUGAAUGUCACCUUUUUUAACUGUUCUUUAUAGAUGUUUCGGGCAUAGACCAACUCGUGAUCAAAUUUUCUGUACAAAAGGUUUUUCUUUUUCUUUGAGCUAUAAGAUGAAAUCACCUUUCCAUGUCAUUUAUAUUUUUCAUGAAAGCGGGAUGCAAGAUUCAGACCUAAAAAGGAAGGAAAUGUAAAACGAAAAAGGCUUCCUGGGCAGACUUAGUCUGUGGUAACAUAUUGACCUCAAUGCGAAAAUAAACUCUCAGACCGUGGAAUGUCUACCUUUAUUCGUCUGAGUUUUGAGUAGGGCAUUUUAUUUUUUUACUCCCAGAGGGAGGUAUUUGUGUUAGAGAUGGACAGGUUCUCAAAAUAUCUCAACGUAGCGUAUUGCAGCAUAUUGUAUUUUGGUGAUACAGUCGCUAAGGACACAUAGUCUUAUUAAAAGUGAGCGUUUAACAAGGUUAUGAGUUUUUUUUGCGAGUCUUAUUCAAAUGGAGCAAAAAAAAAUAAGACUAUUUUUUUUUUGCUCCAUUUGAGGAAUGGAGAAAUUUUAAUAUCCUCCAACAUGGUGGCUUCUUAAGAUGAUCAUUUAUUUUUUUUCUAUCUUUAUUUUUACGACUAGCAGUUUACCCAAAUUAGUUUAUUCAAAUAUUAUUAAUUAAUUGUGGUUCUGAAAAUUGAAUCGUUGCAUAGAUUUUUUUUUAAUUCAUCUUGGUAUGUACUUUCUUAUCCAUUAUAAUUAUUCUUGUUUUUAUUCAUCAUCAUAGAAAAGAUGAAUCAUAGUUUUCUACAAUAAGAAGUUUGAAUUUCUCAAAAUGAAGCUAUUGUUUGAGACUCAAUUAAACCCAAUUCUUCAAAUUCACUUUUAUGUGUCUGUUCACCUUUGAAUUUUUCCUCAAUUGGACAUAUUCCUUUCUGAGUUAGGAAUAAUCUCAUUAAUUCCGGCGUUUUCUUAUCAUUGAAGCAAACGCAUUUCAGGUGAAUGGAAUUUUUUUGACUAUGCAGGGCAUAAUAGAGCAUAUUUUCAUGGGUCAUACGAACUUUUCAUUUUGGCCAUCAUAGAACAUCUUUUAAGAAGCAGGACAAUUGAAUAUUUCAAUUAGUUGAUUCAUUAGAUAUAUUAUUUGGUUUUUCAUAGAUUUCCUUAAUGAUCAGUUCAGAAAAUUUUGAAAUAAAACUAUGAAUUAAUUAUCGGAUUCAUCUAGUAGUGUUUGAUGAAAAACGAUUCAAUUCUAAUUAAUUUAUAAUCUAUCAUAUCUCGACGUUUCUUGUACGAGAGAAUUAGAUUGCUCUCAACAGCAUGUCUUCUUCGUUAAUGAUGUAAAAUAGAUGCUUUCAAACGAUGUAAACUUUCUAGAAACUAGAGAUUGUAAUUUUUUUUUAUGCAGAUCCUUCCUCGAUACGCAAUACUCUUUUCGCCAAAUGAAACUGAAGUUGACGCUACGAUCAAGCAUUAUGACAAUUAUUUAUCACAAGGUUACUGCUGUAAUUCAUUUCUUGUUCAACUCAUUUCCUAUAAGAUCCAAAAUAUUUGACAAAAUAAUUACUUUUGAAUUUGACUGAAGCACAAUGGUGAAUAGUGUAUUUUUUCAGUGAAAUCCUGUUACGUUGUAAUAUAACUAGUAGGCUUUAAACAACCAAUUAGCUAACUAGUGUAUUUUUUAGAUGUUCUCACAAUGGUGGCAUAAGAAAAAUCAUAUGAAAACUAAAUACGAUUCUUCGUAAAAUUGAAUAAUGGGAAACAAGAGUCAUGGGUUUCAGUUGUGAUUUGCUUUCUGGACAACAACUCAGCUUUUCACAUGCAGAUAAUUCGACUGUGUUUUCAUUCACCGUGAUGAAAAUGUUGAACUUUUUCUCUAAUACAUCAAGGGAAGAGUAGUUAUGUUUUGGUAUUUCACUUUAAAAGUUUUUCCUUAUGCUGUGUGUGCAGGUCUGUAAAUAUCUCGAUGCAUGGUUUUCUAUGGAAGUGUAUUUUUUUGUGUAAAAGAGUAACACAAGAAUUUUUUAUGACUUGUCACCUUUGAUUACUCUACUCUAUUAAGGAACUCUUAGGUUCCACUAAGUCCAUUGAGGUAAAAACGCGGAACAUUAUAUCGUUAACAUGUAGGACCUUUUUAUCUAUGACUCUAUACAAAAUCUAAUUACACUCAAUAUUUUUUUCUAGUGGUAACUUACUACCAUUAAGAAUCCUUACAAAAAAUUAAAUAGAAAACUUGCAUCUUUGAAAAAAAAAUCUUAGAGAAUAUGAAUGUAGACCCUUGAAUAUGCAACCUUGAAAAAUCAUUUCACAACGGUUUUUUCUCAAAGAAAGCUUUAAAAUAUGUGAAACAUUUAGAGUUUUUCAAGCCUUUGUGAAAAGGAAAACCUAAGAAGAAAAAAUAAAACUCAAGUACGUCAAUUCCUCAAUUUCUUCUGGCCUCUCUUUCCUUCUCCCUACCUGUCCUCUAUCUCUCUCUCUCUCUCUCUCUCUCUCUCUCUCUCUCUCUCUCUCUUUCGAUAAAGCGUGUAGUUAGAGCUAAGUUGAUAACUUGAACACAUUUAAGCUUCCUUUGAUUAAGUUAUCUUUAUUCAGUCUUUUGAUGUAAGAGUAAGGCUGUUGUCGAGAUAAGUUGUGGUUCUGGUAACCUAGUAGGAUCUCCAAAGUUGGAUUGAGGGAUAGAGUAAGCAUGAGGUCGGAUGAGUCACAAUUAAUAUCUUAUGGAUCACGUGAUUGUUUCUCAUCUCGGUAAAUUUUGUUUUGUGAAUGUGAUUCUUGUACAAAUUGUUCACAACUCUUUGAAUGUGUAAUUUUUCUGGAAAUUUAUUAUUGUUUUACCAAACAAUGCCUUCAUUUCACCAAAAUAAAUCAUGUUUCCCCUUCCUUUUAAUUGAUUUUUUUGUCAAAUUCAAUUUGUAAAGGAAACAGUGGAGUAAAAUGUCCCAUUCAAAUUAUUAAGCUCCAUAUUUACCCUAUUUGAUAAGCUUUUUAGGCUCUCACUUUUUUUCUUGUUAGUGCCUCCGAGUUGGCCUUGCUGAGCGCUCAAAGUUUUCAGAGGGUGAAAUCCAGACGUUCAUGUCUGUGGACGUGGAACGAACAAUCAACCUGUGCAAUAGCCUUCAUGAUAUGUGGAGGUACUGUCUUUAGGGCAUUUGAUUCAAUCAAACUUUCAAUGCAAAAAUGAAUGUCUGGAAAUUUAAUGUAUCAUGGCAAUUAAUAUGUUAUCAUUACCCAAAUGCUCAUUUGACCAUUGAUUUAUCUUUUGCAUGAUCAUUUCCUGUAAAAUGACGUUUCCUUCCAUUAGUUGACACUACAUUUAUUGGAUGGGACUCAGGGUCCAACUCAAUAAAUGAAAAACUAAGCUAGAUUUAACUUUUAACUUGUGCAUUGUGUACAUAUUAGUCUAAUUUCCCGUACACCAUAGUUAAAUACUCAAUUUGAUGAUGAAAUUUUUAUCUUCAAGGUGAGACCUGUGCUUUCUAACUGUUAAUGAUAGAUCUGGAAUUCUUCGGUUUCGAGGCCUCUUUAUUAAGCGUAAAUCUCUAAUUUUUGGUGGUCUUAUGUAUUAGCUUUUAACUAGGAAAAGUCUUGUUGGGAAAAAUAAGUAACAUAAAAUGGAACACCUCUCGCCUUUAAAAUGGCAACAACGCCUUUCAAUCUUCUUCAUCAUCAUUAAACGUGGAAGAAUAGGGCAGAUAUUAUUAAUAUGGGGCUGCUUUGACUCAUCAUUAUUUAACUCGAAGUAUCAGGACCUUAUGCGAGUGCAGAAUUAAACGGCUAUACAUCCAUUAAGACCUUAUAUCGAGAUGGAGGUGAGUUAAAGGUCUGAUAAAACCUAUGCUUGCCUGAAGUCUAGUGAUCUGAUUCAGUGAAAAUGAUUCUAUUUUGUAGAUUCGUGAAAUGAGCGUCAGCCUUUAUGAUGUUUUUAAUUUCCCUAGAUUGCAAAGAUAUUUUUUGAAGCCUAAUCUCACAUGCUUGUCGACUGAGACUGAUUUUUUUAAUUGAAAAAACGAGUAUCAUCCCACACAUUUAGAAAAGAUUCGCAUCAUAUGAACCUCAACCUAUACAUUUUUAAUGAAUUUCAUUCCAUGUUUAAGUGGUUUACAAUUCAUGAACCAUGAAACGAGCUUUAAGUCAUAUUUCAAUGGAUUUCAUCCCAAACACUUCUUUACCGGGCCUCAACCCAAGAAAUAUUUCUUAAAAAAUGCUUCAUCUCAUGAAUUUUCAAAGGGAUUCACUCCUCCCCAGAUUUUAGUUUAUACAUAAUUUCUUAUACAAUGAAAUUUAUUUAUUUUCAAACACAAUUGAAAUGGAUCUAAUCUAAAGAUAACAAAUAACGUCUUCCAAAAAGUCACAAAGAUAACAAGUUUGAAAAAGAAAUUUGAGCAAACCCUGACGUAAAAACUCAAUCGUGUAGAUCUUAAACAAAGCUGAAGCCAAGUAAUUUGGGAACAUAUCCGAAAAAAAAUGUCAUUAGAAUAAUUUACAGCAUAUUUCACCUUUAUCAGACAACUAAAUUAACUUAAGAUUAGUGAAACCUUCUCGAACAACAUCUCUACGACCCAACGAGUGUAAAUGAAGUCGAGUAAUAGGGUACCAUAUAAGUAAGCCUCAUACCCUAAUAAUUUGGACACUCGAGACCAAUCCUCCAUGUUGUAUUAACGACUCUGACAAUCGCAUGUGAAUCACAAAUCAGCAAAACCCAAGUCAGAUAUCACAAAUCAGUUUGAGAUAUCAAAUUAUUCUCUGAAGAUGUCAAGGUGUUCCAAAAGGAACUAAAUUACUCUGAAGGUGUUUUUCCAUUUCUGUAGUCAUGAAUUGUUAAGUUUCCUUACUCUUCUGCUCUGCUUUAUCUAAGUAAAUUAUGUUUUCGCCAUGAACUGGGCGUAUCAUUUAAACCAUUGCAUACUGCUUCUAGCUUACCAUUGCAGAUUGGAGUCGCUCUAUAUCUGCUAUACACACAAGUCAAAUUUGCUUUUAUCUCUGGAACUGCAAUAACGAUAUUGCUCAUCCCAGGUAGCGAUGUUAAAAACAAUUUGGUUUUGGGCUGUUUACUAAUUCUCUUUAUUUUCACGUACGACAUAAAUAUUAAUAAAGAUAUUCCAAUUAUUCAAUUCUUCUAAACAGUGUGAUGAACUUUUAAGAAUAUAGUUUAGAUUCAUAUCUUUUUUUCCCCUGACGCAGUUAACAAAUGGAUUGCAACAUUGAUUUCUAGUGCAACAGAGAAAAUGAUGAAGCAGAAGGAUGAGAGGUAGAGCAACUGCGUUCCUGUUACAAUAACUUGAUAACUUUUCUCGACUAUAGAAAUAACGAGCAAGAUCAAUGCAUUUGGAACUAUAAAGUAGUUUUCUUAAAUGUCACAAUAUUUUUGACAUGUCCAUUUUGAAACGAGAAUCGUUUUAAUCGCCAGAUACAGUGGCAUACAUGAAGAGUCUUUAGAGUUCAUUUUACGACAAGAUAAUUUUAGUGCAUCUAAGGUCUUAAAUGAACUGAAAGUUUUUAUUUAUUAUGUUUUCCAAGUAGAUUCAGAGAGCGCAGUAGCUACAUUUUGGGACUUACUCUACAAAUGUGACAGAAACUAGAUAUCGCUGAUUAGAUACCUCGUAAUUUCAGGGUUAGAAGUACUGGAGAACUCUUGUCAUCGAUACGAACUUUGAAGAUAUACGGCUGGGAACUUCUUUUUGCGGAUCGAUUGCUGGAGAAAAGAUCACUUGAAGUGAAACAUUUAUCGGUAUAAGUGUUUCUUAAUCAUUUCAUUUGGGUCACUAAGGCGUGUGGACCAUUUCUUGUUACACUGAGAAUUUCAACGUAUGGUUCUUGUCGAUAGGGACAUAUUCUAACAGCAUUUCAACUCCUGCUAGACUCGAAAAUAUUUAGAUGCGUGGUGCGUAUUCUUUUGGGCGACAACACCAACCCUUUUCUCCUUAUUUACAUUUGGGCUAUUUACGUUGACGGGGCAUCCACUGAAUGCUGCAACGGUAUCACCAUCAAGAACGUAAUAUUUAACUUAUGUUUCAGUUAUUGGGUGCCUUGGAAACUGAUGCGCAUAUAUUUUGUACUUUCAGGUUUUCACUUGUGUUGCUCUUUUCAAUACGUUGAUUUCUCCACUAAAUUCUUUCCCCUGGGUGAUUAAUGGAUUAAUUGAUGUAAGCUUUAGACUAUCAUAUUAAUUCCUGAAUAUGUAAAAUUUUAUGAUAGUGAUAGAAACGCAAGAUUGUGCAUCGCAGGCCAUAAUUUCUGCACGGAGGCUAAGCAAUUUUUUGUCUUGUCCUGAGUCUAAUCUUCGAUUGGGGCAACAAUCUGAUGAACUGUUUCACGAAGAUGAUUCCUUACCGAUCUCUAAUGUUGAAGGUAAUGGGGCCGAUCUUAGACAUAUGGAUGUCAUCUUUCAAGACGCAGAAUGUGUGUGGUCAAGCAGCAAUCAGGAGGCACAGAAUGUGGUCUUGAACUGUGUAAAUCUCCGCAUUCCAAGGGGUUUCCUUGUGGCUGUAAUUGGAGAGGUUACUUUCUUUGCGUAAAGAUUUCACUGUUAUCGUUUUCUUAUUCGCAGCUUUUUGUCUAGCAAGUGUACAUGUCAGCUCAAAAUUUAUUUACUGAUCUGAAUUUAUUUUUUUAUCAAAUUUUCAUAGAUUUUAAACCGUCAUAACUUCCCAAAUAAUGCUCCUGAUGAAUCAUCAGAGUGAAUGCUGUCGAUCUCUUCGUAUAUAUAGCAACGUUGUAAAAUGUUCCCUAUUUCUUGGACACAACAGGAAUGGUGCAUAUGGUCUUCGAUUUGUGUCACUUAAAACCUUAAGGUCGUCAAAAUAUUUAUCCUACGUGUACCGCACUGUAGGUAAACUGAAAAUAUUUCGUGCUGUUCUCACUGCUUCUUAUCGUUUUUGAAAGUCACUUUUGUUUCGUGAAAUUGAUGAUGUUAAUUUUAUUUUAAUACACAUUUGAGUUAAGAAGUUAAGCGCAUGUUAAAGCCUCCGAGAUGAUCCAUAUUUAUUCUCCUUAUUACUUUUAAGGUAAGAGAGAUUCAUAAUCAUCGCCUAGAUUUGCAUAUCUGGUGUUUCUAUAUUCUAUUUACUCGUUUUGCCUGGCCCAAACAUAUAAUUUUCUAAUUGACAACUUAUCUUGAUUCUCGGAAGCAUUUGUUGUGUACGUCUUUGAUGCUCGGCAAUGGUUGGGUUUUUACAGAUCAUUUUUUUCUAUGUAUUAAAUGCGAAAAUAUUUUAGCAAAUGAGACAUAAAUAUUGAUUUUUUACGGUGGAUUCAGAUUGAAACCUGUUGUUACCCUAGUAUAGUUACAUAAUACAGGAUCUUUAUUCAGUUACCAUGUUUUAUUUAUAUUGAAUGCAGGUUGGUUCAGGCAAGUCAGCAAUGCUAAAUUCAAUACUUGGGGAGAUGCGCCUUUUACGUGGAUCAAUAAGUAGUCAUGGGACUAUCACCUAUGUGCCUCAGGUUUUCGUGGAUAAUAUUUAUUUCUUCCUAAGAGUCCAAUUGAUUGCGUCAUUUAUGAAUAAAGUUCAUUUCAUUUUAUUUAAUUUUAAUCUAUUGAUUUAUUUCUAGGUUCCAUGGAUUAUGUCGGGAUCUGUGCGCAAUAAUAUUCUGUUUGGAGAGGAAUAUGAUUCUAGAAGGUAUAUUGAAGCAUUCUACUUUGCCAUAGAAAAUAAACUAUUAACAUUUACUCUAUUUUACUGUGAUAUCUGUGGAAUAUUUGUCGAUAAAGCAAGCCUCUAAUAUUUUGUUUCUUGGGGGGGCGAUGGCCUAACUUUCUAUUCAUCAGAUGCAUCUCUAAGAAAAAAUCUUGGAUAAACUCUUAGCUCUAUGUAUGCAGGUAUGCAGAUGUGCUGCAUGCGUGCGCACUUGAUAUUGAUAUCUCGAAAAUGGUGGGAGGUGACCUGUCUCACGUUGGAGAGAAAGGUGUCAAUUUAUCUGGUGGUCAGAGAGCACGCCUUGCUCUCGCAAGGUAUCACAAGUUUUUUUGAGUUUUUCAUUCGCUUCUACUUUUAAUCGUAAAUGUCACAAUAAUUAUUCUCAGGGCCCUCUACCAAAGGUCCGACAUUUACUUUCUUGAUGAUGUGCUAAGUGCGGUUGAUGCACAUGUUUCUCGCUGGAUUUUAGACAAAGCCAUUCUGGGUCCUUUGAUGAACAAGAAGACAAGAAUCUUAUGCACUCAUAAUGCGAAGGUUUGAGAGUCUUGACUUAUUUAAAGUUUUCUGUUUUCAGUCUCGAAUCAAAGUUUUGCCCUGAAGUGUAUAUUUUCUCGACGCAGCGUGCGUUCUUGAUUAAGUUAUCUGUCCUAUCAAUACACCUACAUGUUUUUUUUCCUUGGUAAAUUUUUAUUUACCUUAUCACCUGCGAACUUGGUAUGACGAUCGAGAUGGGCAUCUGAGCAUAUAUUUGUCCUGAACAUCAGAACUAAGAAAUGAACUCGAAAGCUUCCAUGAUCAGUAUCUAGUUGAAUUAUUGUUAUUUAGAUCAAAUGAUAGCUUCUUGAAUUGUGACUGGGGUAUCCAUUAUGUGUAAGCGCAGAUCUGAAAUAUUGUCCUUGGACUUGCAGAUCUUUUUCUCCUUCCCUAGAGAAGGAAGUCAACUUAGUGUUUUGGGGUUAAUAGCUUAACACUUUUCUCUCUUUCUAUGUAGGCAAUUUCUACAGCAGAUCUGAUUAUUGCCAUGGAAAAGGGAUCGGUAAAGUGGUAUGGGAAUAUGGCAAGCUUUGUCCUAACCCCAUAUGCAAUAAAUUCUAUGUUAGCAGGUAGAAGUGAAAUAUCAUGCCAGCAACUAGAACAGAGCUCCACCAUUGAUUCCGGGAGUGUGACUUCUGAUGUUUCAAUAGAUAGAGAUUCUACAGAUAUAUCUGAAGAGGGCCAAGACAGUACUGAAAAAGAAUACAGACAAGAGGGUACAGUUAAACCUAUCGUGUACAAGUGAGUGAACCACGAUUAUUGGUGAAAAUUUUCCCGCGAGGAUUUUCGACGUUUAAUUGAGAUAGUACUGAUGCUUGUGUGUUCGCACAUAUUAUGCUUCUCACAUUGUAUUGCAACCUUGCUCACCUAGAUAUCAUGUGAUACAGUUAACAUGCUAAGUAAUUAUUACCUUCAUACAUAUUUUUUAGGUGAUUUUAUUAUUUUCAAGUAUCUUUGAUGUUAGUCUAUGAUAUCUGUUUCCGUGCUUCAGGAGCUAUGCUAUGUUUUGUAGCUGGCCUGUAGUCUCUGUAAUAUGUAUAUCAGCUGCUUUUAUGCAAGCAUCUCGAAAUGGGAAUGAUCUUUGGUUAUCUUAUUGGGUCGAUACCACUUCGGAAGCAAAGUACUCCACAAGAUUUUAUCUGGUAACUUUUUUCCUCGUCUACUUCUAAAACGCUAAAAAAUUAUAUGUAUAAGAUUGACAUUUUAUUCUCCUGUUUCUUUGAAGUCUUGAAAGUAUCAUAAAAAUAUGGCCUCUGUAUUGAAUAUGUUUGAUGGUUUCUUGUCUAGGUCGUUCUUUCCAUCUUUUGUGCAGUAAAUUCUCUGUUGACCUUACUAAGGGCAUUUUCAUUCGCCUAUGGCGGCUUAUCUGCUGCAACUCGUGUUCACAGUGAGGUCCUACAAAGAUUAAUUGACGCACCUGUGCACUUUUUUGAUCAAAACCCAAGUGGAAGGAUACUUAACAGGUGGGGUAUCGGUUAAAUCUGAGAAUAUUUGCCUUCAAGAUUUUCCUGCUAACCUUUUGGUUAUAUUUCAGAUUAUCAUCAGAUCUGUAUACAAUUGAUGAUUCCCUUCCAUUCAUUCUCAACAUUCUUCUAGCGAUCUUCAUUAAUCUCUUGGGAAUUGCAAUAGUUUUAACCUACGCACAGGUAAAGAUAUUUUUCAGUUACGAAAAUUUAUCCAUUGACUAUUUAUCUUAGCUGUCUUCAAUCGUAAUAUUAAUCUAACCCACGAUUGUCUAAUCCACAUCUUUGAACCCUUCCAGGUUAUUUUCUUGUUUCUUCUAGUUCCAUUUUUCUAUGUAUUUACCAAGUUACAGGUACGUAUCUUGAAAUUUGUCUCUCAAGUAGCUCUUCAUAUCGCUGUAUUGAUAUCUUUUAGAGUAGAUUUUAUUGUCCUCACGAGAAUCCAUAAAUGAGAUCGUAUAACCACAUUUUUAGUGUUUGUUUUGACCUCACUAGUUCUUAGCAGCUGACAUGUUUGGGUCUUUUUAAUCUCUACUAUAUCUGAAAACUAAGUUACAGAGAAGAAGAGGUUUUCUUUUUAAAAGUAGAGACGUUCAGGAGAAUUGGUGAAAUAUUGAAUAUAUGGCUAUGCCUGUGCGAGUCGGAGGUUUGCCAGAAGAAUGCUUCAUAAUGGAGAGGGGGCUCUGUUUCCUUUUUCUCCCUUUUUUUUAAUUGAUUCAUGCUAGACUUCAGGGAUGUAAAGAAAAAUUUAUUAAAGGAUUAUUUUAACUUACAGGAUAAUUAUUAAAAUUUUCUUGCAGGUUUUUAAAUUAUUUCAAGUGAUUAAAACUGUUGAUAAUAUGAUGAAGAGACCUUGCCAAAAACAAAUUUGCUCUCAACUCCAAAUUUUAUGCUCGGGAAGAAAAAAACUCGGCCGUUAUUUCUUUUAUUAUAUAUGAUUUUUUUUUCUCUUCAAAUAUUCUCUUUGUUUUUUUUCGAGGAUCUUUCACCCAUUAUCAAACUUCGCAUCUUUGGGUAUAAUCCUUAUUUCAAUUUAAUGUGACCUCGAUCACUAAACGUUGAAGGCAUGCAUUUACCAUACAUAGUUGGGGUUCAUUUCAGGUUGACAGCUGGUCAAUAUUCCUGUUAAAUUCUUCACCGAUUGAUGCUUCACCCAACCCGGAUUGAUGGCGAUGGUUCUGACGCUAUUGAUUAAUUUGCGUUUUUUGUACAUACGCUUACUUUUACAGUACUAUUAUCGGUCAACUUCCCGGGAACUGCGAAGACUGGACAGUGUCGCCCGUUCGCCCAUCUAUACGUCUUUCACUGAAACCAUUGAUGGCUCGUCUACCAUAAGGGCAUUUAAGAAAGAGGUAUGAAAAUCAUAAAUUAUGGAGCGGAUCAGCAUUUCGACUAGUUGUGCGUGCCUUUUUCCAAGUACCGAUUUUCAUCUUUUAUUUCCUUAGAAAAAGUUCCUGUUUUUUUUUUUCCAUUUGAAGUACUCCUUUCAAAUAUUUUCCAUCCAAUAAAUUAGUAAUCGCCAACGAGUAGCAUGCCAUUUUAAGAAAGAGAGCGUGCAUUUAUGCGAUCAGGGAAGAAAAGUUUUGCUCCUUUUGACUGUGAGGCGUGCAGGAACUGUUCAUGUCUGAAUUCAUGCGACACGUUGGGUCUUAUCAGCAAACAUCCUACUCAGAAUCAACAGCAAGCCUGUGGCUUUCUCUCCGGCUUCAGGUACGUUUCCUGCUUCACUAAGUUUCAGACCUUUCUCUCAUAAGCCUUUCAUAUUGAACUCGCGCAUGUUUUAUAAUAUAAGUAUUGAAAUACAAUGUUAACCUCAUGGUCUCCUUAACCAUUAUGGGAAUUCGUUAGUUAUUGGCAGCAGUCAUUAUCUUCUACGUUGCUCUGAUGGCAGUCAUCGGCUGUCGUAAUGAUCUCCCAAUUAGCUUCGGAACGCCUGGGCUAGUGAGCUCACCAUACAAACUCUCCGUUGCAAAAUUUCUAAUUAGACUCUAAUAUUUUCUCCAAUUGGAAUGAGACGAUGGCUUUUCUCGUUGCAGGUAGGUCUGGCCCUGUCUUAUGCAGCACCUGUGGUCAGUCUCUUGAGCGGUUUCUUAACUAGCUUCGCGGAAACUGAGAAGGAGAUGGUUUCUGUGGAGAGGGUGAUUGAGGUGCGUUGGAGUAUAAUUCGUUUAAUUAGUCCGAAUAUCCGAAAAACAUUAAACUCUGGCCCAUUGCAAGUAGUACAGGGAUAUUCUCCCGGAAGAACUUGGGGGAACACAGGCCCCACAUCCAGAUUGGCCAACGCAAGGCAUGAUAGAGUUUGAACAUGUGACUCUGAGAUAUCGGCCAUCAUUCCCAGCUGCUCUUGAUGAUAUUUCAUUUAGCAUCCUGCAAGGGACACAGGUCAGCAAGAAAUUAGCCAGAACGCUGCAAUAUAUUCAUGAAUGCUGAUUUAUUCCUGCUGUUUUCGAAGCUUAUCCCUGGCAUUUGCGAGCUAUUUCCUAACAGAUGGAUGACUGAAAUGACGCUAGGUUGGUAUCAUCGGGAGGACUGGCGCAGGAAAAUCCAGCAUCAUAAACGCUCUUUUUCGCAUGAACCCAAUCUGUCGAGGACGAAUCCUCGUGGACGACGUCGACAUCUCCCAUAUUCUAGUGAGAGAACUUCGGUCUCGCCUUGCCGUCGUUCCUCAGAGGCCGUUCUUGUUUGAGGGUUCCCUCAGGUGGUCUAACUACAGCAGUCAUACGGCCCAUCAACUCACCUAUCUUUUCUUUAUAAUUUCAGAUGGCUGAUUUCCCUGUUACACUGUCUUCUGAAUUAUCAGGGAAAAUCUUGACCCGUUUGGCCUGGCAAGCGACUCCAUGAUUUGGGAAGCCCUCCAUAAAUGCAAUGUCAAGGAAGACAUAGCGGCGGCUGGGGGUUUGGACGCCCAGGUGAAGGAAGCCGGCGGGUCAUUUUCAGUGGGACAGAGACAGCUUAUAUGCCUUGCGCGUGCACUGCUCAAGUCUUCCAAGGUACUCUCGGCCUUCUCAGUCGAUUAUCCGCAGAAGACAUUUUGAUAACCUCCGACUCUCCUCAUCAGGAUGAUCUUUUACCUGCAGGUACUUUGCCUCGAUGAAUGUACAGCCAAUAUCGACACUCAGACUGCAUCGAGGAUCCAGAAGACGAUUUACAGGGAGUGUAAGGACAUGACGGUGGUCACAAUUGCUCAUCGCAUCGCAAUGGUUCUGAACAUGGACAGUGUUCUCGUCCUAGACCACGGAGUCCUGGUAUUCAUCCUCCUCUUCUCUCUAUUCUAUGUGUAGAAUGAAUCAAACUCGGUGAUGCUUCCCAAAGUGCCCUUUUGAUAUGAUUCUUGCGUCCAUCUACUAGAAUAAAUUCCUGUUCGUUCGAUACUUACUCCGCACUGCGUGCCCUCCUCCAUGCAGUUAAAUAAAUAAGUAGAUAGAUAACCCUUGUACUCAUAUUUAUAAGACAAAAAUGCUGUACAUCUGAGGAUGGUGAUGGUUACCCAUGAAGUUGGUUCAUCCCUGGGCGGGUUCCAAGAAGUAGCUUACCCUUUACAUUUGAUGGCCAGCACCGGGCUCAUACUAAUCAGCCAACUGAUUCCUCACCUAUGUCUCUGCAGGUGGAGCAAGGAAACCCAGAGGUUCUUCUGAAAGAUAACCACUCCAGAUUUUCAAGCUUUGCAAGGGCUUCCACCUUCUAA